UUCUUCCUCCCUUCACCUGCACCAUGGCUGAUCAGCUGACAGAAGAACAGAUUGCUGAGCUCAAGGAAGCUUUCUCCCUAUUUGACAAAGAUGGUGGUGGCGCUGUCAGAACAAGGAAAUUUGGAACUGUCGUGAGGUCACUGGGUCAGAACCCAACAGAAGACGAAUUGCAGGAUAUGAUCAACAAGGUAGAUGCGGACAAUGAUGGCACCAUUGAGUUCCCAGAGUUUUUGACUAUGACAGCUAGAAAAAUGAAAGAAUCAGAUAGUAAAGAAGAAAUUCAGAAGGCAUUCCGAGUCUUUGACAAGGAUAUCAAUGGUCACAUCAGUGCGGCAGAACUAUGUCAUGUCAUGACAAACUUAGGAGAAAAACUAACAGAUGAAGAAGUAGGUGAAAUGAUCAGGGAAGCAGAUAUUGAUGGAGAUGGACAAGUCAACUAUGAAGAAUUUGUGUAG